AGAAAUUAAUUUAUUUCUAUUUUUUCUCUAUAUCAACAAAAAAGUUGUAAGAUAUCAUAACCAUAAAAUAAAAUGUAAUUAUAGCAUGGAGGUGUAUAAGGAGGGUAAUCUCUCGAAAUUUACUGAAGCUCACAGAAUGGAGCAAGUCAGUACGUUUUUUUGCCGGUGAUGACGCUUUUGCUACAACAGUUCUAUGGUCACAUGGUAUUUUUGUUUAUAUUUUUUCAUGAUAAUGUGACAAGUCAAAAGAUAAUUAUUUAUUAAUUGUUAUUAAUUAAUGUGACGAUUUAAACUAUGAUCAUAAUAUAAUAAAUUGAUAAAACUAUCAAUAAGUCUGCAUUUAAAACACGAAAAAUGGUACAAAAAUGUAUUGUUUCCGAAUGUCAAACAUUAAAGGGAAAUAAAAAUGGUAUUUCUAUUUUUUCUGUACCAAAGGAUCCUAAACUUUUUGAUGCUUGGAAAUCAAAUCUCCCAAAGCUAAGGAAUUCCCUGAGUGUAUCAAGUUUGAUUUGUGAAAAACAUUUUCAUCCAAGUGAUAUAAUGUCACAGUUUACUCAAAAUUACCUUCAGAAACGUGGAUAUAUCCUCGUAGUAAAAAACGAUUGAAACCUAAGGCUGUCCCUAUAUCUUCAGACGUCUGUUCAACUUCAGAUAAUACAAUAUUUAAGGGUGAUAACGAGGCAAUAAAAGCAAAUGAUGAAGUACCAAAUGAAUCUAUCGUUGAUGCACCAAUUAAUCCUUAUGUUCAUGUAUCAAUUAAACCUGGUGUUAAUGUACCAGAUGAGCAUGAAUUUUAUGUACCAAUGCAAUGUAAUGUUCAUGAACAAAAUGACUCUGAUGUUCAUGUAUCAGAUGAGUAUGAAUUAUAUGUACCAAUGCAAUGUAAUGUUCAUGUACCAACUAAAUCAUCAUUACAUAUGAUACAUGCGUCAACUCAGACUGUAGACCAUGAAGACAUGGAAAUUGAAGAACUACCAACUGAACACAAUUUUUGUAAAGUGCCAUUUACUUUUGAUACUCUACUCAAUAACCUGAAUAAUAUAAAAUAUCCUGGAAAUUGCAACUGGGCUCAUACUGUAGCCCCUGAUAAAAAAAAAGUAAUUUUUGUAUCGAUUUCAAUUGACAAUAUAUUGCGUCGAGUGGAAAUAUAUGAUAAUUUAAGUUCUCGAGUUUUAAUGGAGUUUAUUCAAGUACAUGAAGAUUAUUUGCAUCAUAAUUUUGAAAAAAUAAAAGAAGUUGUUGAUUAUUUAACAACAGUUUAUAAUUGGAAUCUUUGUGUCACUUUAAAAAAUUCUCCAAGAUUUAUUUCUGAUACAGUUUGUGAAGCCAUUGCUUCAUGUAACAGACAGAGUAUAGGUCGACCAACUUUGAGAUGCAUGAAAUGCAAUAUAAAGAUGGAAUCACAGAAAUGGCGAAAACCUCCACCAACUACUACAGUAAAAAAAGUCUUAAAAAAAAAGAUCUUGCAACAGAAGGUGAAGCGAUUUAAGCAAAAGAUUGAAUCACUAAUAAUUUGUAUAAAAUAAUAGCUACAGCUGAAAACUUAAUACUUCAUACUGUGUAUGAAGAAAAUUUAACUACUGAUUUGUUGUCUCAUAUUUUUAAUGCCAUAGAAGAUACUAAAUUUCCUAAAAUUGGCUGUGAUAAACAUGACCUGAGAUCUCAAAUUUUAAGCUUUUUUAUAAUUUUUCGUAUGAAUACACUUUGUCAUCGUUACAACGAUAUUUAUUUAUCAUCAAAUAGAGACAAAACUCAAAUGUAUACGAAAAUAGCAAAAUUAUAGUAGGUGUUAAUAUUUUUAGACAGCAAAAAUAAUGUAAUGAUUCAUUCAAACUAAAUAAAAAAAAAUUAAAUGUAAGCACCGGUAAUUUUAAUUUUUUAAUGAUCACCCGGGAAAAACGGUUUGUAUACAACCAUAUACAACCAUAUACAACCAUAUACAACCAUAUACAACCAUAUACAAUCAUAUACAAACAUAUACAAUCGUAUAUAGAUGUAUAUGGAAAGCUGAUUAUUUUAGUGACUUUGUAUACAACCUUAUACAGUUGUAUAUAAGUUUAUACAAUCAUAUAAACUUGUAUAUAAGUUUAUACAAUCAUAUAAACUUGUAUAUAAGUUUACACAAUCAUAUAAACUUGUAUAUAG